UUUUUUUUUUUUUUUUUUAAAAGAUGCCCAUUGCGAAGUUUAGCUUCGACUACAUCCGGAUCCGACUUGGGCCUCACACUUGGUUUAUGACAGGUGAGUCUCCGAACAUGAGUUUUGCAUAUGAUGAGCCUCGAACUCGAGACCUUCCUUAAACGACAUCAAAUUGCUUACCACUUGAGCGGUUGAGCCAACUCUUGUUGGUGAGUAUCGGGUUGGAUUGUUGAUUGUAUUAAUUGUGUACUUCGUAUUAAAUAGGGCCCGUAAUCUUCUGCUCCGUAUAAAUAUUGGGUUGGGCUCCAAAUUAAUUUGAUCGAUUCAAAUUUCCCCGCCCUUUUCUUCCCAAAACGAAACAAACUACUUUCUCUCUCCUCAUUCUCUGCUCUGAAGCUCGUCAACAAUGGAGGGAUCAACGGAGCAAGCAAUCGUGCCUUCAUCGCAUCAAACGAAUCCACUUCCUGAGCUCAAAUCUCACUUCUCCACCGUCCUUUACGAUCUUUCGCAGCAAGUAAAAGGAGCAAUGGAAGAUCUGCUUAAGAUGAUCAAUGAAAUUGAUGGACACUCUGCGGAAGUAACUGAAGAAAUGGAGAGGUGCAGAGAGUCUGCCCUUGAGAGGAGGAAGGCCAUUGAGGAAGAAAAGGACUGUUUUCAGAAAGCUGCUUUUGCUGUUCUGGACAUGCUGAAUACCGGAGAGGGCAAACAAGAUGAUCAGAUGUUUCUGGGAAAUGGUACAGAGUACUGAAGAGAAUUUGUCUCAAGUAAAAACUUGCAAAAUAAUAUGGAUACUGCAGUAAGUAAUCAGUGCAUAUGCUGAAAAUUCGACAUUUUCAGGUUUGAUUAGAUCGUACUUAGCGUUUUGAGCCUUAAAAAGAUGCUAUAGUUCCUACAAAUAAUUUGUACAAAAACCCCAAAGUAUAAGUCUUCUACUAGUAAAAUUUACUGCAUGUUUACAAAUGUUAUAAUUUCUGUCAAAAUCUUGUCAAUUCAUAAAAACCUGAAGGAU